AUGCAACAGGGUAACCCCGGCGUGGACGCAACACAUUUACUGGGCAGCGAGGCUCUUCUACAACAAUGGCGACAACAGAAGAAGGAGGUAAAACAGCGACUGCGCGCCGAUACUGUAAACAAUCCUCCACCAGAGGAGGAGGAUGCCAAUGAAGCAGAGAUCCAGAGAGAGAUGCAGCGCCUCAGGGAACAACACGACGUCAAGCGCUGGGAACAGGAACAGAUGUACAAGGUGGAUCGGAUGUUAAAAGAGGUCGACGAGACCAUGAGCCGCCUUACAGCCAGCGGACCGCCAGACCUCGAACCGCCUAAGAUCAAAUAUGACUUGAGGCCCAGAUCAAAGGGACGACCAAAACAGGAUGAUGGUGGGGCUGAGGAUGAUGAACUGAACUUUGCCAUGCCACUAAUGUCAACAGUAGGACAUGGGGGAAGAGUAAAAGUUAAAUACACUCCUUUCUCUGUAACUGACCUCUCCACUAUUGCUUCUUCUCUCCCAAGUAUUAAGGACGGUGGUGGUGCUUGGCUGCAGGCCCUGACCAAGGCAACGGCAGGACAGCAACUGUCCAAAGGUGACAUCACGGGACUUCUGACCCGAUGCUGUAGUGCCGCGGACCGUCAGCAGGUGUUGGCCCAGCUUGGCUGGGACAGAGAUGACCCGGCUGAACCUUUGGCAACCCGCUCCACCACCCAGCUGUCUGACUGUCUGAAGGGGUAUUUCCCUCUUCCGGCGUGUGUCUAUGCUGAUUUAGUGUUUUCCCCCAAAACAGGACAGACUCCAAAUGAAUUUAUGACCCAGGCCUCUGAGGACUUCACGCUGAGGACCGGACAGCAUCCCACCGCCUCACCUCUGCACUCUCAGAUUUUUAGGGGAGCGGUGAUGAAGGGACUGCCGGCCCCUGUGGUGUCCAAGCUGAAGGACAACCCGGAUCUGCCUGGAGCGGAACAUGCUCGAUGGCCUAUGAACAACAGGCCGAGAGGAAGAGGAUCUCCACGAGGUAGAGGAGGCUACGGAGGACCCAAGCCACAGGGGUUCCAACAGCCUGGUGUGACAGAACCAGUCUAUCAGAAGCAGUAUCCCACCUCUCCGGCUGGCGAGGAAGGGAUAUCGGAGACUAUUGACGGUCUCCUAGAAGCCGGUGUUCUCGUUCCACUUUCGGAGCCCUCUCCGUGGAACACUCCCAUCCUCCCCGUACAGAAGAAAGAGGUCGCCCCCAUUUUUGCGUUUACCUGGAAGGGACGUCAGUACUCCUACUCGCGUCUCCCUCAAGGUUUUGAACUCUCCCCAGGCAUUUUCAACGCCAUUCUGAAAUCUCUCCUCACGGGUAACGAAGAAGCCGACAGAGUGGCAAAGCGGACUGCAGGCUACAGCCCAGCCGACGCUAACCAGAUGAUCCAAGCAGGUCCACACACAGAAGGACACACAUCAUUCCCACAUACACCAGAAGCAUUACAGGACUGGCAGAAAGAGGCGUCUCCUGAGGAGAAGUCGAUGUGGUUGCGGAGAGGAGCAAAGGUGAGUGACGACGGACUGUGGACAGGUCACGACAAGCCAGCAAUACCACAAAGCCGACUGAUCUCCAUGAUCCAGGAGGCACAUCUACCAGAUCACUGUGGUCAAAAGGAAGUCCUGCGCAGGCUACAACAUUGGUGGCACCCUUUCAUGACCCAUGUGGUUCAUGAAGAACUGUCCAACUGUACUAUAUGUAAGUGUCACAACUCCAGACCUGCAACAAAACCUACUGAGAACAAUGCGAGACCACAUCUGACGAGACCUGGACUUGAGGUGAUAAUGGACUUCACUGACAUGAUCACCACUUGCAAUGGGUACAGGUACCUACUGGUAAUUGUGGACAGCUAUUCAGGCUGGCCAGAAGCAUAUCCAUGCAGGAGAGAAACAGCACAGAAUGUGGUAAAAGCCUUGGUAAACCAUUACAUUCCAACCCAUGGGUUCCCCAAACUAAUAAGAUCUGACAAUGGUACACAUUUCAAAAACACACACCUCCAAGAGGUGGAAAAGAUGCUUGGGCUCAGGCACAAAUUCGGUUCAGUGUACCAUCCUCAGUCCCAAGGACUGGUGGAGAGAAUGAACAGAACUUUGAAAGAAAAACUGGCUAAAAUUAUGACUUCAACAGGACUGACGUGGUUAAAGGCGCUCCCUCUUGCACUGAUGUCUGUCAGAAUGUCUUUAAGUUCUAGGAGAGGAAUGUCUCCGUAUGAACUUAACACUCAGCGGAGUUUCCCAGGACCGACAGGACCGUUGCCCACAAAGACUGGUGAAGGUAAGCAUGACAUGGCUGAUGUUGUGAGUGCUUAUAAUUCCAGGUUCCAGAACGCCAGAGGUCCUGAAGAGUCACAAUCAACGCCCCAUGUGACUGAAGACGGUGGUGCGACUCACGUUCUGCUGAAGGCCUACAAGAGGAAGUGGUCUGAACCCCGUUGGACUGGACCAUACGAGGUGACGGAACGUACCUCCCACGCGGUCCGGCUCAAAGGAAAGGGUGACACGUGGUACCAUCUAAGUCACACCGUCCCGACUACGCUUCAACCGGACAACAAGGAGCCAGAAUAA